AUGCAUCAACCGAAGCACUGGUUGCUGAUCCUUUGUACAUUGCUGUCGGUCUGCUAUGGCACCUACGUACCAAUAUCGCAGGCUACAGUGGAUGGGUUGUCCGUCAAAUAUGCGGACAAGGAGUUCCUUGUAAAGCAGAAGUUCUUCUUCGAGAUUCUACGCCAUCUUCACCAACCGAUCGCAUUUGAAGAGUAUCUCCCAUUUACUGGAAGUUGGGUGUCGGAUCCGAGCAAAUAUGCGAAUUACACCGAAGUGAACGAGUUUAUACAAACCUACCAGCAGGGUUUGCUAAAAAAGGGACAAAUAUUCACCAUCUACAACUACUGGUACGCCAAACAGACGCUGCAGCUGUACCGGUUCUUCGACAAUGCGAUCGAUUGGGAUACGUACUACAAGAACGUCAUCUGGGCGCGCCAUAACAUCAACGAAGGAAUGUUCCUCAGUGCACUGACGCUCUCCGUGCUGCACCGUGCAGAUCUGCAGGGCAUUAUUUUACCGGCCAUCUACGAAGUUUACCCACACUACUUCUUCGACGGGGAUGUGUUCCAUGAUGCUGCCAAUAGGCGCGCAAUGGACCCAAACUAUGGUUUCCACGCGAACAAACGGCACAAUUUGGCGCUGUCCAACUACACCACCUCGUUUGCGACACAGUUUUACGGUGAAGGAUCGCUGUCAUACUUUACGGAGGAUGUGGGCUUGAACUCGUACUACUACUACUUCAUGAUGGAUUACGCGCCAUUCCUGGGCGGUGAUAAGCUCGGCUUGAAGAACGACCGAAGAGGUGAGCUGUAUCUGUUCAUGCAUCAGCAGCUUCUCGCCCGGUACUAUCUCGAGCGUAGCUCGAACGGUUUGGGUCCGAUCCAGGAACUUACCUGGGAAUCACCGAUAGCAACCGGGUACUAUUCAAUGCUACGCUACUGGAACGGUGUACCGUUCCGAUCGCGUGAAAACAAUUUCCUUUGGCGUCCGUACGAUCCCAUUAAGCUGAGCGGACUGAAAGCAUAUGAGGAGCGCGUUCGACAGGCCAUCGAUCUGGGUUACGUAGUGACGCGCGAUGGCCAGCAGAUCAGCUUGCGGCAACCGGAAGCGAUCGAUAUCGUGGGCAAUCUCGUGAGCGGCACCGUUGACAGUGUCAACGUGGACUAUUACAAGAUGAUCGAGUCGACGGCACGAAUGAUAUUGGCCCAGGGCGACUACUACGGGUCGGCCAGUGAAGUAUGGCCGGGUGUGCUGAUGCACUACGAAACAUCGAUGCGUGAUCCCGUGUUUUAUCAGUUCUACCAGCGACUGUUGAGUUUCUACUGGGAUUUCAAAAGCUAUCUACCACCGUACACCGUCGAUCAGCUGAAUUAUGCAGGCGUUGAGAUUAAGGGGGCGUCGGUGGACAAGCUGAUCACGUACUUUGAACCUUUCGAUGUGGACAUUAGCAACGGGCUCGGGUUCAACUAUGGCGCACAGCAAUCGACGUGGAAUUUCAGCGUGUAUGCGCGAAAGCAGCGCCUGAACCAUAAACCAUUCAGCUACGUGCUGAAUAUCAGCUCCCAAUUUGCUGGCAAGGGCGUCGUGCGGAUGUACAUGGGACCCAAAAUGUUCCAACCUAGCCAGCUACAGUACAUGAAGAAGUUUUUCGUCGAAAUGGAUCAAUAUACGGUAGACCUGGUGGUGGGCGACAAUCAGAUCAAGCGUAACACGCGCGAGUUCUACUACGAUAUUCGCGACAGGACGACAUACUCCGAGCUGUACCAGCGCAUCAUGAGGGCGUACAAGGGCGAGGAGCAGUUUGUGCUCGAUAUGUCCGAGGUGCAUUGUGGUUGGCCCGAUCGGCUGCUUCUGCCAAAGGGCCACCCGAACGGAUUUCCGCUCAGCUUCUUCUUCAUCGUGACGCCCUUCUAUCCACCGAAGAUGGCACAAUUUUCCAACUUUGAUUCAACGUACACGUGCGGUACGGGGUCGGGUGCGAAGUACAUCGAUGCGUUACCGUUCGGAUUUCCCUUCGACCGUGAGAUUAAUUUUAGCAAUUUCGCCACAAAAAAUAUGCUCUUCAGCGAUGUGAUGGUAUACCAUGUCGAUGGGAAUCAAACGAACGAAUCGAUCCAUUUGUUUGUUUGUUGGAAGAUGAGACUGACUGUUGUAGCCAUCGCUCUUGGCCUGGUCGCCUUGGCCAGCGGCGCUUACUAUCCCUCUUCCCAACCCGUGACCGGCGUGAAAUAUGCCGACAAGGACUUCCUGUUCAAGCAGAAGUUCUUCUUCGAGGUCCUGAGGAACAUUCAUCUUCCGUUGCAGUUCGAGGAGUACUUCCCGUACACCAAGUCCUACAUCACCGAUGAGAGCAAAUAUGUGAACUUCCAAGAAGUGGUUGAGUUCUUCAACCAAUACAAGGCUGGUUUCCUGCCCAAGGGAGAGCUGUUCACCAUCUACAGCCGGGAUUACAUGAAGCAAACCUACUUGCUGUUCACCUUCUUCUACAACUCUGUGGACUUUGAUACCUUCUACAAGAACGUUGUCUGGGCUCGCGAGAAUGUGAACGAGGGCAUGUUCAUCUACGCUGUGACCAUGGCCGUCUUCCAGCAUCCACAGCUGAAGGGCUUCGUCCUGCCGGCCAUCUACGAGAUCUACCCGUACUACUUCUUCAACACCGAUGUCAUCCACAGCGUUACGUUCCGCAAGCUGUACGAUCAGAAGUUCGGCUUCGUCAGCAAUGGCAAGUACAACGUUGUCUACUCCAACUACACCGCCACCUACCCCGUUGAGUACUACGGCGAGGACAAGCUGUCGUACUUCACCGAGGAUAUCGGCCUGAACGCGUACUAUUACUACUUCAUGAUGGACUACCCGUACUUCAUUGGCACUGACAAGUUCAACCUGUACAAGGACCGUCGUGGAGAGCUGUACAUCUACAUGUACCAGCAGCUGAUUGCCCGCUACUACCUGGAACGUCAAGCGAACUUCAUGGGCCCGAUUGAAGAGUUCGACUACGAAUUCCCGCUCAAGACUGGCUACUGGUCGAAGUUGAGCUACUACAAUGGCAUUCCGUUCUUUGUGCGCAAUGACUACUACUCGGUUUCGAAGGACUUCUACUACCAGGUGAACCUGCUGAAGGACUACGAACUUCGCAUUCGUCAGGUCAUCGACAAGGGCUACUACUACCUGGAGGAUGGAACCAAGAUCGAUAUGCGCAAGCCGGAAUCGGUUGAUUACCUCGGAAACAUGAUCUUCACCAACCCGGACACCUACGACAACGACUACUUCGGAUUCAUGGAAAUGACCGCCCGCCAGGUGUACAGCGGUGGCAAGAAGUUCUUCAAGUUCUUCCCGAGCGCCCUGAUGCACUUCGAAACCUCGAUGCGCGAUCCCUUCUUCUACCAGCUGUACAACCGCUUCCUGACCUUCUACUAUCAGUUCAAGGGCUACCUGCAGCCGUACACUUAUGAGGAGCUGUACUUCAAGGGUGUGGAAAUCAAGAGCGUUGUGUUCGACAAGCUGAUGACCUACUUCGAGUACUACGAUUCGGAUGUCAGCAACGUCAUCCCGUUGAAGUCGUCUGGUGAGAAGUUCUUCGAUUUCUCGGUGUUCGCCCGUCAGAAGCGCAUCAACCACAAGCCAUUCACCUACACCAUGGAUGUGUUCUCCGAGUUCGCCGGCAAGGGUGUGGUCCGUGUGUACAUGGGCCCCAAGUUCUACGACUUCAAGCAGCUGCAGCACCUGAAGAAAUACUUCGUCGAGGUUGACCAGUACCUGUACGACUUUGUCACUGGCAAGAACACGAUCGUCCGCAACUCGCGUGACUUCUACUACAGCGUCCGCGAUCGCACGACCUACACCGAGCUGUACAAGAAGAUCAUGACCGCCUACAACGGUGGCGAGAAGUUCGUCCUGGACAACUCCGAGGCUCACUGCGGCUUCCCCGAUCGUCUGCUGUUGCCGAAGGGUCUGCCGAGCGGUUACGACAUGACGUUCUACUUCAUUGUGACCCCGUACUACGCUCCGAAGGUGCCGCAGUUCUCGACCUACGAUUACACGUACUCGUGCGGUGUUGGCUCUGGCUCGAAGUACAUCGACGAUCUGCCGUUCGGAUAUCCGUUCGACCGUGACAUCGACUUCAGCUACUUCUACACCAAGAACAUGUACUUCAAGGAUGUUACCAUCUAUCACUCCGAAGAAGUCAAGCCAUACGUACCAUACUAAACAUUUGAUCCGAUAUAUCUGAAAAUCUACCAUGACAUUUGAAUA